CAGUGAGCUGGCCAAAGGUUAGUAUUGAAUUCUAUGGGAAGUAAAUUGGUACUCUUUUCCCAUAAAGCGUUCCAAAACUGAGUAUUUCACUCAACAGUACCAAAAACUCUAUAAAUCAUCUUAAAACGUUUCACUUUUUUUAUAUAAAGGUAAGCUAUGCGUUCCUAAUAUGUUAUGGACAUAUUUAACAAUUAUUUUAUACAGUAUACUGAUUUGUGAUUAGGAAAUAUACUAAUUCAGAUGUAAAAAAAAAAAAAAAAAAAAAAAAAAAAAAAAGGCAACAUAUGGAGAAUUUAAGCGGAAAUUAGUAUCAGUAUGUACAUAGAGCAUUAAAAUUAACAUGUAUUAGUAAAUGAUCAAUAAGCAUCCAAUAAACAACAACCUGACAAAAUAAUUAGGAAUUUGCCGGGAUGGAAUAACCAUACAUAUAAAGAUAUAGAUAAAGCAUUUCCCCUUAAAUUGAACUUUAUUCUGAUGUAGUGAACAUAAAUGAUUCCGAUAAUGCAGCUUAUACACUGGAUACGUGUACAACAGAACGUGAAGUCGGUAGUUACACCAGUUAGGAUGGAGAUAGUCGGCUUCUUGUUUAUUGAUAUUUCCAUAACUUUUAGUAGUCUGUUUUGCAAAGCUCUUAGAGUGCAGGGAAUAUGUAAACAACCUGAUAACACAGAACAUUGUUGUACCGAUUACAGACAGGAAGGAGAUGUUUGCCGACCCUGCUUAGGAUCUUUCGGCAAGAACUGUACUGGUGGUGCGUGCGCAGAAGGGUAUUACGGACAUGGUUGCAAAGACAGGUGCAACUGCAGCAUAAGUGAAGUAUGUAACCGCUCGGUUGGCUGUCAGAAGAUUUCUGUCCCACAUGGCACAGUAAUAGAUACACGGAUCCAUCAUGUGGUAAUAAUCACACUGUCAGGAUGCACACUCCUCCUGCUUAUACUCCUAAUGGGGCUUGUUUUUAGACGCAAAAUGUCAACCAGCGACAUGUAUGUCGGUCCAGUUGAUCAACGAGGAAAUGUCAUUAGUAACAACACUGAUUCCCAAAGCUACGCAUCAAUGGAACACCAAGGAUAUCUUGAAUGUGAUUUGGCGACCAUGAACAACGAUUGCUACUCAGAUAACCAAAUCGAACGCAUUGAUAGCGGCGAUGUGAGUUCUGGACAGUACAUUCCUGUACACCCAAUUCUACCACCACGCGUGGACGUCCAUCAGGGAGACUGUGGAAAAUAAUAGAAAGAAGAAUUACUCUCACAGAGAAAUACUUCAUAUCUUGAAACAAGCAACACUUUGACUACAUUACUGUCGUUGACAGGAAGUCGUCUUUCUGCAUUUCUGGAGUUGAAACUGACAGCUGUUCAGAAAAUGAAAUUCAUUAGAAAUCUUUGUGCCACUUUUUAUUGGACAUGCUUUACAAUGGAUAUUAAAGUCAAUGCUUUAGUGGGUAUAUUAAAGUUACCAGAACUAUUUAUGACAAAGGAAGGCCAAGAUCACCACUAACUUAUCAAAUAUUUUUUCAUACAAUACUGUGUACGUUCAUAAAAUUUGAUUUUCUCAAAAUAGGACCAAAAAUAAACAGGAUAUUUUGAAAUUGACA